UCAUCAGCAUCAUGUAACUUCAAGCAUCUAAACAUCUCAAAAUUACGCAUUUUGUGAAAAAACAUUAAAAAUUCUAACACCAGUACACGCCUAACCUACCUUUUUAAUCGAUUAGUUAUUUUUUUAAAGGUUUUAACGCAAAAAUUAAAAAAUACUCGAGAGUAUUGAAAAUUAAUAUACCAAAAUUAAAAAAUAUUAUAAAUAGUGAAAACAAUUAAAUGAGAAAAGUAUAAUAAUUGAUUAGUGGCGAUAAACAUAUAGUUAUAUAAAAUUACUUUUUUUCUGUGAGUAUUUAUUUGGAUAUUAAUGAAACGUAAAUGUAUGCAAUCUGACGUCAAAGAAACGUGUUUAUAGAAUACAUAAAAGAUCCUUCGCUAAGACUGAUAAUAAAGCCAUAAUUUUCAAGUUACCAUGUCUUCAAUAAUAAUGAAAUACAUGAACAAAUCUGUUGGUCGACAUUUGGGAAUAGCUCAUCGACAAUUACUUACAUCAAGUGCAGAUUCAAACAAUACAUACGAUUUGGUGAUUGUUGGGGGUGGUAUUGUUGGUUGUGCUACAGCUCGAGAAAUGCUUGAAAGACACCCUGGAAUGAAAAUAGUAAUUUUGGAGAAAGAAAAUAGACUAGCAAUGCACCAAACCGGCCACAAUAGUGGAGUUGUUCAUGCUGGGAUUUAUUAUACUCCAGGAAGCAUGAAGGCAAAAUUAUGUGUAGAGGGAAUGAAAUUGUCAUAUGAUUACCUAGCUAAAUACAACAUACCGUAUAAAAAAGUAGGAAAGCUCAUUGUAGCACAAAAUGAAGAACAAGCAAAAAGAAUAGAUGACUUGUAUCAAAGAGGAUUGAAGAAUAAUGUUCCAGAACUUAAAAUAGUGAAAAAGGAUGAAAUCAAGAAAUUUGAACCUAAAUGCAAAGGAGAGAAAGCAUUAUGGUCACCAUGGACUGGAAUAGUUGAUUGGGGAGAUGUAUGUCGACAUUUUGCAUCAGAAUUUGAGAAACGUGGAGGAAAAAUUAUAUUGAAUUAUGAAGUAACGGGUUUUAAAGAGACUAAGGAAUCUAAAGGAACUCAAGAACUUGCACCUAUAUCCGUUAUUUCUAAAAAUCAAACUAUCCAAACAAAAUACGUCUUGACUUGUGCAGGACUACAUUCAGAUCGUUUGGCAGUAAUGACUGGAUGCGACGUGAAUCCAAGAAUCAUCCCAUUUCGUGGAGAAUAUCUUCUGCUGAAUGAGAAAAAGAAGCACCUAUGUACAACAAAUAUUUAUCCAGUACCAGAUCCAAGAUUUCCUUUUCUAGGGGUUCAUUUUACUCCAAGAAUGAACGGAGAUAUUUGGCUAGGUCCCAAUGCCGUAUUGGCUCUCGCACGAGAAGGAUAUAGAUGGACUGAUAUAAACAUUAAAGACUGUAUAGAAAUGGCCAAAUUUCCAGGAUUGUACAAACUUUGUUUCCGCUAUAUAGUACCUGGUUUUAUGGAAAUAACUAAAUCCAUAUUUUAUAGCUUAGCAGUACAAGAUUUACAGAAAUUUAUUCCAGAUGUUACUUCACAAGACAUAAAAAGAGGCCCAGCUGGAGUUCGAGCACAAGCAAUGGACAAUGACGGUAAUCUCGUUGACGACUUUGUCUUUGACAAUGGAAGUGGAAGUAUUGGAAGUAGAGUGUUACACUGUAGAAAUGCACCUUCUCCAGCUGCUACAAGUAGCAUGGCUAUUGCGAAGCAUAUAUGCGACAAGCUCAAAACUGACUUUAAAUUUUGACACAAAUCUUCAUAUAUAUAUAUAUAUAUAUAAAUAUAUAUAUAUUGAAAUCAAUCUAUAUAGGUGCUAAUUGUUUCGAUUGAUUAUUGAUAAUUUAUUGCCUCAAUUAUCAUAAAUAUUAAAUUCAUAGGUAAAUGUUAAAUAUUUUGGAUAUUUAAAAUAUUUUCUAUAAUCACAGACUUGUUAAUUUGUUGUAUACAGUAAUAUAUACAAAAUAUUCUGCAUAAAUAUUAUGCAUCAUCAUUUAUACAUAUUAUACAUAUUUUUACACAUUUUCCAUGCAUUUUACGUUUUCAAUUUCAUUCAUAUCAGAAUUUUUUACUGAUGUUUUAAUUUUUGAUUUUGAAAUUAAUAGAAAUUUCACUUCAAUAUUGUGAUUAUAGUCCUCUAUAUAACAUGAUUAUCUUUCUUUCAUAAUAUAUUAGUGUACCAAAAAUAUAUCUUCAUGCAUAAAAAUCCGUGGUUAAAAGUACUUACAUAUAUACAUUGGUAAUAUUUAAUUACUAAAUAACUCUUAUUCCUCGGAGGGAUAUUAAAAUUUUUCUUCCUGCAAAAUCCCACGCAGCAGUCAAAUGAAAUAACAUAUUUGUAAGCACUACCAUAUAUUCCGAAAGAGCAAACAAGGAAUAAACUGAAAUAGAUAUUUUGGAAUGAA